AAGCCUGCUAUAGUUUUAAAACACUGCGGUAUUUUUUUUAGUAUUUAUUUCAGUACGAUCGCAACACUGUCACACUUUUAUCAGCUGACAUAUAACGGCAUCUUAAAAAUGUCUUUUUUAAAGGCUGCUAACAAAAAAAAUGCGCUGGUGUUGACCACACCAAUGCGCACUGAGCUGCUCAAGGAUGGCCCACCGGCGAUUAGGCCCAACAGGUGUCAGAUUUUGGGGCGUGGCGCCUAUGGCACAGUCUUCAAAGCCAUAUAUCGUGAGCACGCCGUAGCCCUGAAAAUAGUGAAAACCGGCGCCAUUUCCACAUUGCACAAUGAGGCGCAUGUCUUGAACUGGAAGCACAAGAAUAUUGUGCGACUGAUAAAACUGGAAUCCACGCCAGAGUUCGGUUUGCUCAUCAUGGAGCGACCCAUUGGGCUGUGCCUGCAGCGUGUCACAGAUACGCUCACGCUUCCGCUUGUGCACAGAGUGCUCAUAUCGCUCGAUAUUCUGGCCGCUUUGCGUUACUGUCAUCGUCGGCAAUUGCUGCAUUUGGAUGUGAAGCCAUCAAAUGUGCUCGUUGCCCUGGGCACAAAGUCGAAGGGGCUUGGCAAACUGGGCCAGUAUAAGCGCAGCUAUAUUUGCAAGCUAUGCGACUUUGGCUGCUCCAUUCGGAUGGGCGAGUCGUGUGCUGAGCCGAGCAGCGCAAAGGGCACGCUGCGGUACAUGUCGCCAGAGGCUUUGUGUGCGGCGCCGUUGAGCAGCGCAUCGGACAUUUACUCCUUGGGCAUUAGCAUGUGGCAGUUGCAGGCUCGCCGCUUGCCCUUUUAUACGCUCAACUGCAACGAGUCCAUUGCAUAUCAGGUGGUUAAACACGAACUGCGCCCCGAUAACUUUGCGCUGCUCGAGGCCCUACAGCUAGGCCUGCCUUUGAACGGGUGCUACUGUGCCAAGAGCUGGAGGAGUAACGCUACGGAUCUGAGCUACGUGAAUGAAAUAAAUCCACAUCUGGACGUGGUGCUCUCAAGAGACUUAUACAAAAAGGCGCGUCGCAAUCUGAGCUUUGAUGCUACACAUGGACGUGUGCACAAGCGGCAUAAACAGCGCAAACAGCCGAGAUUAACAGAGUAUUUUGAUGAUCCAUCAACGAUUCCGGCCACGUGCCUGGAAAGUGCUUAUAGCGAGCUGUACAAAAGCUGCUGGCUGAGCCAGCCCGAGCUGCGUUUAAACGCUUUCCAGCUACAAAAACGUUUAGAACUUAUUUUGGUCAAGUGCUUAGGCUAAUGAAUAUCUUCUAUCUGUAAUAGUUUUCAUUUUUAAAUAUGUUUUUGUAAGAUUAUGUUUAUACUUGUAAAAUAUGAAAGCAAUAGUUAUUAGUUAUUUUUUAUACAAUUGUUAAUUGCAAACACAUUGCUAAUUGGUUUAAUAAUUUAUUUUGUCGUAACUCUUUUUGUUUAUUGUUUACUUUUGUACUUGCUACGCUAAGAAAAUACAUUUAUAAUGUUUUAUACGAGCUUAAAUUUAUAAUUUCUCAUUUGUCGAGCGUAGUGCGUUCGCUAUAGUUCGUAUAUACUGUAUAUAUAUAUAACUCGUACUUAGGAUGUGAUUGCAAAAACCGAGCCAGUAAUUCACAUCGGUUGCUACUUAAAGAGACUAACUAGAGAGUAGAAGAAGAGCUGUAUUACAUAUAUAUAUAUAUCUAUUUACAGUUUAUUGUUGUCGCCUUGUUUUACGUUCGCUUCGAAACCAUAUAUAUAUAUAUAUCUGUAUAUCUAUUGUAGCUUUAUAUUUUGUUGCUGCAUUUCACCCAUCUCUCUACAAAUCUAUAUAAUUAGUACAUGCUCUAAAUACACUUGAUUUUGUGCGGAAGACUACAUUUUUUUAAUAUAUAUAUAUAUAUAUAAGUAUUCUUUUCUGUACGAUAGCUAAUAGUUUGAGUAGUCUGUUUGGGCUUUAGUUUUAGUUUAGUUUACACUUUGCAAAGUUUUGGCUAUUCCAUAGAAAUAAUGCAAAUAUUGUAUACAGAUUAUAUAGAUUUUUUUUGAAUUUUCUGAAGUUUUUUAUCGGUUGGAAAUGCAAUUUGGGAACACAUACGUCUCGGGCACGCUGCGAGCGCUGCUCUACAAAAGCGUAUAGAGCAGGUCGAGCGAGUGAGAAUACAUUGGAACAAUCAUAAUAUAUAAACAUUAUCCAAAAAACCUAUGCAUACAUAUGUAUAUACUAUAAUAUAUGAUGUGCCAGAAAUAGCUACAUUUAGCUGGAAUAUAGCUAUAUUGGCAACACUGAUGCGUGAAUGCACAAUUAAUGUUUGCUCCUGCUUCCCUUUCUCUCUCUUCCUCUCUCGUUUUAGUUUGAAUAUAUAUCACAAUUUAGUCUUUUUAAAUGUUUAAAUAUAUUGCGGAGCAUUUGGCUCCUGUUUUGUCGCUCGUAU